AUGCUCGUCCAGAUGCUAGCUCUGUCCAGGAGUUCAACAGCUUCGAGGUGGAGACUAUGCCUGCGCUGCUCUGCCCUCUCUGUGGGGAACACAGAGCCCUCCACCACAGCCAGACCCCUGUUUCUAAGAACCCAGACUGCUGCGUUUCACCAAAGCCAAGCCAAAGCCAGUCUUGACCCAAACAAGCCCGCCUCAGGCAAGGACAUGUUUGACUGCUGAUACAGUUAGCUGUUCUCUGCUGUAACCCAAACUAAGUGUGUGAUGUAGAAACAUAGAUGAUAGUGCUUCACCCUUGACUUGUGCGCAGCGUUCCCCAGACAAGAUAAAGUUGACAUUUAGUGAUAGGACUUUAUCUCUGAAGCACUUUGAAUGAAUUCAGGCCCAAAAAAUACCCGCCUUUUUAUUUCUCACUCAUUAUUUGCUGGUUUCAGCUACAAAUAAAAGUCUGAAUCUUUGAAUUGAGAAGUUAUCUAAAAAGAAACUCUGCUUUGGGUUUGUGCUUAUUUCCCCUUUUUCUUUUAACAUGUUUGAGACCUAACAGUCUUUCAAGACUUGAGGACAGAAUAAUAGAAUAACAAGCAGUUAAUUUUCAUAUUUUUAUUUAGCUUCAAGUUCAAGUAAAAGCAAAAUCAAACAACCAUACAGAGAAAGUUUACACACACUUGUGGUUAUCUUGUUUUUUUGGCAGCAUCCCAUUUCCUAAAUAUGCAAACUAUUUAAUCUGAGUGGAUUAAGUUUAGACUAGAGCGAGGGGAGAAGAGGGUUUGCUGGCACAAUAAAAUUCAAGCUGGGUCAUGUCUGUCUCCCUAGCUCAGGGAGGAUUUAGGGUCUCUCUGUGAUAAUAAUCUUAUUUUUUCCUCUGCAAAUUGGGGCCCUCCAGCUACAGUUUCAGAAAACCCUGCUGUGACAGUAGAGACAAAUUAUUAUUUUUAUGAUCACGGCAGAAGUGUUUCUCUCCUUAUGUUGUUGCCUCUCUGUGCUGCAGUGUUGUCCUCAGGGUCUGGGCUGGAGUGGGAGCUGUUUGGGAUGGGGAUGUGGUCAUUGGGUCUUGGUGCUGUUGGAGCUGCAUUAGCCGGGAUCUUUCUGGCCAACACCGAUCUGUGUCUGUCGAAGGCCGCCAACGCAACGCUGGAGUUCCUUGAAGAUGCUGACCUGCGCUCCACUGUGGAGGGUACGUCGGCUUUCUGAUUGGUGGUUUAAGAAUGUCACUCACCAAUGAGCCUGCUUAUUUUAACUCCUGCUGUUACUAAACCCUUUUAACUGGAGUAAUCAUUACAUCAACAAUCUGCAGUUUUCUGCUCUAUUUAUGGUUUCAUGUCUGUGUGCAUUGUUCACACGGUGAAAGAGGUGUUGUGUGACCUUUAAGGCAAAGCUGCUUUCUCAAAUCUGCUGGUAUUACAGAUUAGAUCACUGCGAAGGUCUUUACCAAUGAGUGAAGGCCGAGUUACUGUGAUGCUCUUAUUCAUGUUCAACUUAAAGAUAUUCUGUGUGAAGCAUGAAUGUUUUCUCCCUUUCAAGGCUGCAUAUUUUGAAUUCUUGCAGCAGUGCAAUCACUCUGAUCUGAACGUUGAAGGUUUAAGACUCAAACUCAGACUCUUCUUGGUUUGUCUGCAGACGGCACGGUCAUCAAAGCAAAGAGCCUGUGGGAGAAGAACGGGGCGGUGGUCAUGGCCGUAAGGCGGCCCGGAUGAUUUUUGUGCAGAGAGGUGAUGCAGAGUUACUGAUGACACAGGAAGUGAAACACAAAUGUGUAUGUGGGUUGUAUUUUCUCUGAUCGUAGAAAUCUCUCUCUCUCUCUGUAGGAGGCCUCUGAGCUGUCCUCUCUGAAACCUCAGCUGGAAGAGCUCGGGGUCCCUCUGGUCGCAGUGGUGAAGGAGAACGUCGGCACAGAGAUCCAGGACUUCAGACCGCACUUCGCUGGGGACGUAUACAUAGACGAGGAGGUGAGCGGUGGUGGGAAAGCUUUAAAUCACCCUUAAAGAAAAAGUCAUUUACCAAAUCCACAGACCUGAAGCUUUAAUACUGUUUCUUAAGACUUUUAUAAGCGGACAAAACAGACAUCAUUACCCCAUCAAGUAAUAGUCUCAGUUUAAGUGAAGUCUAUAGUUGUGGGACUGGUGAUCUUCUUUUAUUAUGAAUAUAUAUAAAUACAUGACCACUACGGUGAUUAACUGAAUUUCCACUUUCUAUUACGGUCCUUUUGUGGGUAAGCCUAAAAACCAGUGAGUCACUCGUUAAUCCUCCUGCAUUAUUUUACUCUAAACGCAGAGUGGGAGUGGAGGAGGUGUUAAAGCUCCAAUAAUAAAAUGUUGCAGAGACAGAUUAAAGGGAAAAGUACAAUAAGUUAAUCCUUCCCGGCAUGUUGCACAGAUUAAAAUCCAACCUGUGUGUUUGUAGAAACGCUUCUACGGCCCUGUGCAGAGGAGGAUGGGAGGGCUGGGGUUCAUCCGCCUCGGAGUGUGGCAGAACUUCAUCAGAGCGUGGAGGUCUGGCUACCAGGGCAACAUGAACGGAGAGGGUUUCGUCCUGGGGGGAGUGUUUGUCGUUGGAGCUGGAGAGCAGGUACUGGAGCUCAAACCUGGAUUUAACAGAAGCUUCCUCUUUUAGCUUCAUCUAACUUUGUGUUUUCGUUUGUAGGGGAUUCUUCUCGAACACCGUGAGAAGGAGUUUGGGGACAAGGUGAAGAACGCGGCUGUUUUAGAGGCUGUUCAGAAAAUUGUGCCGGUGAAAUAA